GACUAGCUUCUGCUGCUCAUAUGAUGAGAUUUACCAGUGCUGAGGAUAUUGGGAUGAGGACUCUUGACAUAUUUCUUAACAAUACGGAAGAAGGGCCAGAUGAAUUUGUAAGUCAAUUCACUACAUUAACAAAUGCAAAAAAGGCUUCUUUAGUUGACGAAAUUCUGCGCACGAGUGCACUCAGGGAUGGUUGUGAGGAUAAAGGUAGCGGUACUGCGGACAGUGGUGGUGUUCCAAUGGUGAACACCGAGAAUAUUUCAAAUGAAUUGCAGAAUCCAAAAGAACGCAACGUCUUUUUGACGGCGAACUUCUUGAAUAUGCCUCGUCCUAGCGAUGCGGAGGCCAUCCAGACGUCGGUCAGCUGUACGAAUGAUAUAUGUGAUAGCGUCAUCACGGCCGGCAACCAGUCAGUAGUGAAUAAUAACAUCGAGUGCAUCGACCUCGAUGAGUUUGAAGAGGUCAACGCUGGAAAUCUUUCCCUGUGUUUCUCAAACACGGCCGACGUGAUCUUUCCGACAAAAUUUGACAAUUUCUUCACCAACACCAAUUCUGCCGACAUGGAUAAUCGAGCCGCUCGCACGGAGUUGGUGGUGCCAACGAUGUGGAGCAAAUCUUCACUGUCAUCUUUGCCAUCUUUGGAUGACUUUCUUAGCGUGGAAGAUAAGGAAAAGGUCUUCAGGGCUCCUUCCGAAUCUCAAACUGGCUUGCGUACUUUAGCUCUGGAGUCGUUAUCUAUCAAUGGAAAAUGCCGCAGAAAGUCUUUAACCGGUGUUGAAUCAGAUGACACUUCUUCGAAUUUGCAGAACAACUGUAUCUCGCGAUCCGAGGGCGACAUGGACUUUGAUCUUUUCUUUCCUGGAUUGACUAAAGACGAGCACUGCAUGCCGAACCAUGCGGACGGGGUAAAAAAGAUUGAAAAUGAAGAUACUUUGCCAUGUUUGUUGUCAGACAGGUGGUUUGGAAUGCUAAAAGACGUUAUCGUUGAACCUGAUGACUGCGUGCAUCCAUUUGUGUUGAGUGUGGAUUUAGAGUAUAAUGGGGAUUCACUUCCCAAAGCAGUUUGA